AUGUUGUCACGAACUUUAGUUCGACGUCUACCGGUGUCGAAGGCAACAUUGGUCCGUGCCUUGUCUUCACACCCCCCAAAUACACAAAAUAGCAAUACUACCGGCCGAAAUCAGAAUUCGUAUUGGCUCGGCGCCCUGAGUGCACUCGGGGCUAGCAUGGCAAUUGGAGCCAGCAUGACGCUCACAGAAGCCCCACAAUUUAGCCAGCCAGAUGCGAUGAUUCCAGUGGAGACUCCAACCUCGAUCAAGGACCAUCCAACUGUCAACUCUCCACCAGCUCGGCCCGAUCUUCCUGUUUUUACACGAGAAGAAGUUUCCGAGCACUCGGAUGAAGAUUCACUCUGGUAUACAUUCCGUGGAGGAGUCUACGAUUUGACUACAUUUUAUCAGGGACAUCCUGGUGGUGCUCCGCGUCUUCUAAUGGCAGCUGGACAAGAUCUUGAACCAUACUGGGAAAUCUACCGCCAACACCUUCGAGGCCACGUAGUGGAUUGGAUGGAGAAGCAUCGCAUUGGGUCCUUGUCAAAGGAAGAGGCUGAAGCUGCAAGCAAGAGUUUUGAGUUUGGGGAUGCAUAUGAAACAGAUCCUGAGCGCGAUGCGAAUCUUCUCCCAUGUACUCAGAAGCCAUUCAAUGGGGAACCUCGCAUAGACUUGCUCACUCGAGACUACAUCACACCGAACGAGCUCUUUUAUGUUCGGAAUCACUUGCCCGUUCCUGACAUUGAAGCUAAGGAAUACAGAUUGAUUGUCAAGGGAAAGGGUCUCAAGAAACACAAGUUUACUCUGGAAGAUUUAAAGACGAAAUUCAAGAAGCAUGAGAUCAUUACUACUCUGCAGUGUGCUGGAAACCGUCGUGAGGAUUUGCACAAUGACCAGAUGCGAGAGUUUCUGGCACCCCAUUGGGUUGUCGGUGCCAUUUCGACGGCAAAGUGGGGUGGAGUCCGGAUCCGCGAUGUGCUGAAGGAGUGUGGUCUUGAUGUUGAUGCUAUGGCACUAGGCGAAUUGGAGAUCCCUGGUUUGGAACAUAUUCAAUUUGAAGCAUAUGAUCAGGAUGAGACAGGCGUCCAUUAUGGAGGAUCUGUGCCAGUAAUGAAAGCGAUAGACCCAUUUGGCGAUGCAAUCUUUGCAUUCGAGAUGAAUGGCGAGCCAUUACCACGAGACCACGGAUAUCCAUGCCGUGUAAUAUUGCCCGGUCACGCUGGAUGCCGUCAAUGUAAGUGGGUCCACAAGAUGAUUCUCUCAGACAAGGAAUCCAACAAGUGUUGGCAGCAGAAGUCAUACCGUCAUUUCGCGCCGGACAUCAACUUCGAGAAGGAUCUCGCCACUUGGCCUCCCGAGCGAUUGGACCAAGCUCCAAUCUCACAAAUGAUGCCGGUACAGUCCAUCAUUUGCAAUCCUCCUCAAAACACCAUUCUUGGAGGCAAGAAUGCCGACUCGGUCACUGUCAAGGGAGUCGCAUGGUCCGGUGGUGGCAGAGAAAUUCAGCGAGUCGAUGUUUCCAUUGAUGGAGGUAAGAAUUGGACUGCUGCAGAACUUUACAAACCGAUCAAGCAAAGGUGGAAUCACCACUGGGCGUGGACACAGUUUUACCAAACUGUCAAGCUCCCCGAAGAAAUUCAGAAGAAGCUAAAGAAUGGAGAAAAGGUGUCUUUAGAUCUCUGCUCCAAAGCUCUGAACUCCGACUUCAAUGUCCAGCCCGAACGAAUGGAACCAUACUGGAAUGCCAGAGGGAUUGGAAUCAACCACUGGUACCAUGUCAAUACUACAUUGGACCCAAACGCAAACCCAGGAACCAUUCAACGCGAUGGUAGCACAGUAGAAUUCGGUGGAAAUACUCCAACGGGGGGCAAAUUUGCUGAAAAGUGGGAUAUGCAUGGAUGGUCGGCUGAUCCAGAACACCGUGGUCCAUCUGGAUUGAAGACCAAGCCAAAGAGUUUUUAUGACAAGAUGGAUGAUGACCGCAAAGCACGCAUCCAAAAGGAGGUUGAAAAGUGCACUCCCAGUGACGAGUAG